AAAACCAUACAGCGACUAAAGCAAAAAUUGACGAAAAAUAAUAUAAUACAGUUUCCGCUGUUCUCUUUCUACGACGUGAUUAUAACAAGUUUCUGACGUUAUCGGGAUGAUACACAUAACAAGUUUGCGACUAGAAAACUAGAAAUACAAGCAAUAAAAGCCGUACUAUUUUAAGAGUGAGAAUUUUUUUCAAAAUGGUCAUCACAAGUAGCAUACGUAAAGUGUGGAGCAGACUGGAGAGGAAGAAAAAAGAUGGCAGCACAGUCAUAUUGCGAUUCCAAGAACUACCGCCGGAGAGGACUAAAGAGGCAAUGGACUUAAUCAUAAAGUACAUUUUGAGGGAUGAAGUGAUACACAGGGCUAUAGGCAUAUACAAAAAUGCAGAAGCAACUCUGGAAUAUAGGACAGUUAUGAACAAAAUGUUUGAGCUGAACCCACCCCAUAUCACCAUUUGCUGCGUCGAUGAUGGCAGUGAACUGGGUGGUGAAUUAGCUGGGAUAUCAAAAAUAGCAUUUAAAGAUGAAUCUGGAAGCUGCGCGGAUUUUUUUAAAUUGUUUAAAAUAAAUACGAAAGAAAUGGAGAAGUUUGUUAAGGCUGUUUUGGUUUUGGAAAAUCCAAAAGAUCUAAAAGAGAAGUACCCUCGUCACACCUUUGGAAAAGGCAUCGCUGUACAUCCUGACUACAGAGGAAUGGGUAUUGCGACAGAGUUUAUUAGAAUAAGAAACCUUAUAUGUAAAGAGCAUAACGUGCCGAUGUCAACAUCACUAAUGACGGCGAUAGGCUCCCAGCGAGCUGCUGAGGCUAACGGCUGGAAGCUGUUUGAAAUAGUUUACCCGAAGGACAUUAGCGUGAAAACUGGAAUUGAGUUCGAAGAAGGCACACCUCCUUUCAAACGGAUGUACAAUGUUCAUGAUAAAUAG